AUGAAUGGAACAGUUCUCAUUACCGGAGCCAACGGCUCCCUGGCUCUUGGCUUCGUUCAAUCUCUCCUGUCCCUCUACCCAGACCAUACUCUUAUCGCAGCAGUCAGAAACCCAUCACCAGAAAAAGACCCCAACACAGCCAAGCUCAUGGAUCUGAUUUCUCAAUACCCGAAUGCAAGUGCAAACGUCCACGUCGAAGCAUUGGACUUGAGCAGCUUGGUCAAAGUCCGCUCUUUCGCAAACAAGCUCUCAUCUCGCAUCACUGAUGGAAAGCUUCCGCGUCUGAAAUCUGUGGUCUGCAACGCAGCCUCGAUAUCGCUGGGCGGAGGCCAGAAAUUUACCUCCGAUGGUUACGAGACUACUUUUCAAGUCAGCCACCUAUCGCACUUUCUAUUGGUCCUGAAGCUCCUCGAGAGCAUGGAUGUUGACUCGGGGCGGAUUGUUAUGCUUGGAUCUAUCACGCAUUAUCCCGAGAAACCGAAUCCUUUGUACUCGUUAAGGACAAUUGUUCCUACUGAUAUGGAAGAUAUGGAAGAGCUUGUCAAACCGGGUCCAGAUCCGGCAUCUCUGGUUUAUGAUCGAGGGUUUCAGAGAUAUGGAAUCGCCAAGCUUGCGAAUGUGACGUUUGCGAAUGAUCUGAAUGACCGACUGAAAAAGGUGAAGAGCGAAAUGGGAGAGAGAAUUCAAACCUUGUCUUUCCAUUUUGCACUGACCAUGAGCUAA